CUUUGAGUGUCGAGAUCUCGCGAGUCUGCAUCAUCGGUUUCCUCCGGGGUUGUGUCAAGGAUAGGGUUGUGUGGCAAGCAGCAGCAAGCACCGCUAUUCGCAUAAACAGUGACGGGGCUGGAGGCAGUGGACCCGGGCAGAAGGGUUCUCACACCGCACAAUGAUAGCUCCUCUGGGAGGCACCGUCAGAAUGGAGCCUAGGUAAGAAUGGGAAACUCUCAGUUACAGGUGGACAAAAUGGGCAAGUCAAGACUUUUCCGCAUCUUUUUAGUAUUGGGCUCCCUCUUUAUGAUCUUGUUGAUUAUAAUCUACUGGGAUGAUGUCGGAGCCACUCACUUUUACCUCCACACAACCAUAUCUGGACCUCAGUCUUCACGCCUCCCCUCUGACACCCAAUCUGAUGCCAAACAAAAACCUGCCAUCUCCAAAGAGAACUUCAUAUCAGACGUUGAUGAGUUUCUCAACCAGGUUCUGGAGUCCAGCAACAAACCUAACAAACUUUCAAAGGAAGGUAGCGACCAAAAAACUUCCCAGGAAACGUCCGGGCAGAAUGGGAAGCAGCAGGAAGAGAGGGUCCGGGGUUAUGAUUGGAAAGCCCGCUCUACCACUGUGAGCUUGGACAGGACACAGUCGCAAGAAAGAAGGAAGCAAUUGCUUCAUGACUUCUGCACCAACUACACCCUGGAUUUCCCAGGAAGGAACAGGAGUUUUGACGACAUUCCAAACAAGGAGCUUGAUCAUCUGAUUGUGGAUGACCGGCACGGGAUCAUCUACUGUUAUGUGCCUAAGGUUGCGUGCACCAACUGGAAACGCAUUAUGAUUGUGUUGAGCGAGAGCCUUUUAAACCAGGGCAUCCCUUUCCUGGAUCCCCUCGAAAUCCCGCGGGAGCACGUCCACAACAGCAGCGUGCACUUCACCUUCAACAAGUUCUGGAAGCGCUAUGGCAAGUUCGCCAGGCACCUGAUGAAGAUCAAGCUAAAGAAGUACACCAAGUUUCUUUUCGUCCGAGACCCUUUUGUUCGUCUUAUCUCAGCUUACCGUAGCAAGUUUGAAAUCGAGAAUGAAGAGUUCUACCGAAGCUUUGCGGUUACCAUGCUAAAGAGGUAUACCAACCACACGACCCCCCCCAAGUCUGUCGUUGAGGCUUUCGCGGCAGGAAUCAAGCCGUCCUUUUCCAACUUUAUUCAGUAUUUGUUAGACCCUCGGACUGAAGAGCACAUGCCUUUUAAUGAGCACUGGAGGCAAGUGCAUCGACUAUGUCACCCCUGCCAGAUUAAUUAUGACUUCGUAGGAAAGUUAGAAACUUUGGACGAGGAUGCAGAAUACUUGCUCAGCCUUCUCAACGUGGACAAUGUUGUUCAGUUCCCUCCUAGCUAUCACAAUAGGACAGUCAGCAGCUGGGAGGAAGACUGGUUUGCCAACAUCCCUGUCGAGUGGAGGAGAGAGCUGUACAAGCUUUACGAGGCAGACUUUUCCCUGUUUGGAUAUUCCAAACCCAAAACUCUUUUACAAGUCUAAAGGGCUUUGUGCAGGGGUGGUUUUAACAACGGCAUUUUUUGGAACCUAAUAAGUUAGCUUUCUUUAUUUAAACGCCUAAAUUGGUGUAGCUGAUGGUUUUAUGUCAACUCACUCCAAGGGAUAGGGUCAAGGUAUUUUAUGCCACAAGUUCUGCCUGUUCUUUAUAGGGUUUACAGUAUAGGCUAAGUCCAGUUCUUUAUCACAUUUGUCAGAGUAACAUAAUAUUUUUUAUUUAACUUAUUGAAUGUUUUUACAUUAAAUAAAAAAUAGCCAUUUAGGGUUGUCACAAUA